CAAGAGGCCGAGCGCCGCGCCUCCCGGCACCUGGCAGAGCACGCAGGAGGACGUUGGGUGGCUGAGAGGCAGCCCUCUGAAGUAGUUGGUCCCCUCCGGGUAGCCGUAGGUGUCAGGUGACUGGCCUGACAGGGGCCGCGUGACUCCUAGGUGACUCGCUACAGCCAUGGCGGCGACCAGGCAGUUGUCCCGCUUCUGGGAGUGGGGGAAGAACAUCGUGUGCGUGGGGAGGAACUACGCGGACCACGCCAAGGAGAUGCGCAACCCGGUGCUAAGCGAGCCGGUGCUCUUCCUGAAGCCCUCCACGGCCUACGUCCCCGAGGGCUCACCCAUCCUGGUGCCGGCCUACACCUGCAACUUACACCACGAGUUGGAGCUGGGCGUAGUGAUGGGCAAGCGCUGCCGUGCGGUCCCGGAGACCAUGGCCAUGGACUACGUGGCCGGCUACGCCUUGUGCCUGGACAUGACCGCCAGAGACGUGCAGGACGAGUGCAAGAAAAAGGGGCUACCCUGGACCCUAGCCAAGAGCUUCACUGCCUCGUGCCCGGUCAGCGCGUUCGUAUCUAAGGAGAAGAUCCCAGACCCUCACAACCUGAAGCUCUGGCUCAAGGUCAACGGUGAACUCAGACAGGAGGGUGAGACAUCUUCCAUGAUUUUUUCCAUCCCUUACAUCAUCAGCUAUGUUUCUAAGAUAAUAACCUUGGAAGAAGGAGAUAUUAUCUUGACUGGGACGCCAAAAGGAGUUGGGCCAGUUAAAGAAAACGAUGAGAUCCAGGCCGGCAUACAUGGGGUGGUCAGUAUGACAUUUAAAGUGGAAAGACCAGAGUAUUGAAUCACUUCUUAACACGUUUCAGGAGAGAAGGGAGCAAGACAGAAGCAAGCAAUGUUAUUGAACGUGAUAACCUUAAUAAGAAAUCAAUCCUUUAAAAACCGAUUUGGUUAAAUUACAGUGUUACAUCUCCCUGAAGAUUUUCCUUUCAAGAAAAAUGUGAUCUAGAAGGGCUGGGCCAGAAAUGAAAACAGCCAAAGUAAAAGAUUGGCAAUGCUUCUGAAGACACCAUAUCAAACCAAAUGUUCAAGAGAUUUAGUUUUCUUUUGUAAAACUUGACUGGAUAAGACUUUUCAGUGGGCUGUUAUAGAAUGGUAAUAGUUCAAGACCUAAAAACUGCAAAGGAAGCUGAGAGCCAUGUUCUAGAUCAGCGUUUCCCAGAUAUUUCUGGACUUAGUGAUCAUCAGCAGGCAUUUGUAAAAUAAAAAUUUCCAACUUACCAGGCCAUCCCAGACCCAUGGAA